AUGUCGAAUAACAACGCCCCCAGCUUGCCGACAUUCAUUGGCAACCUCCAUGUCGGCCCAGGAAGUAAAAUCGAUCGACUGUCGAAUAAUCCAGUCUUACCUGUUUUCUCUUAUUGUGCUGCAAGUAUCCUGAUGACCGUGAUCAACAAGUUUGUGGUCUCUGGGCGCCAUUUCUCGAUGAACUUUCUCCUUCUGACCAUUCAGUCUGUGGUCUGUGUGGGCUGCGUGGCCACGUCCAAAUCGUUGAGGUUGAUUAAAUAUCGUGACCUCGAUAAGAAUGAUGCCAAGAGAUGGUUCCCGAUCUCGUUUUUGUUGGUUGUGGUCAUUUACACAGGUUCGAAAGCAUUACAAUUCCUGACCAUCCCAGUUUAUACGAUAUUCAAAAACCUUACCAUCAUUUUGAUCGCAUACGGCGAAGUGAUUUGGUUCAAUGGAUCGGUGUCGAGCUUGACCUUGGUGUCAUUUGGCCUCAUGGUCCUCUCCUCUCUCAUUGCCGCCUGGUCCGACAUCUCUCCCUUUCUCUCAAUCAAUUCAGCAAAGGAAGAAGCAUUCCAAGAGCCUCUUAUCUACGGAGAAAUUGUCAAGAAGAACAUGGGCUACUUCUGGAUGUUGAUCAAUUGUUUUGCCAGUGCAGCUUAUGUAUUGGCGAUGAGGAAAAAGAUCAAACUCACCAACUUUAAAGAUUGGGAUACGAUGUUUUACAACAAUUUACUCUCUAUCCCAAUCUUGAUUGUGUUUUCUCUAGCAUUUGAAGAUUGGUCCCAAAGCUCAUUGAGUCUUAACUUUCCAUCAGAGGGGCGCAACUUUCUCCUGGCAGCGAUGUCGUUCUCUGGCGCAGCGGCAGUCUUCAUUUCGUACACCACAGCCUGGUGUGUGAGAACGACCUCUUCAACGACCUACUCGAUGGUGGGCGCUCUCAACAAGUUACCAGUGGCAGCCAGCGGGAUGAUUUUCUUUGGGGAUCCAGUGACCUUUGGAAAUGUGACGGCUGUCUCGACCGGCUUCGUCGCCGGUCUUGUUUAUGCCAUAGCUAAAACAAAUCAACAAAAGAAUAAUAAUAGCAACGGGGCGGGUAACGGAUCCGGUACUCCCGGUAGUGCUACUCAACCCCUCUUAUUUCAAAAGGACAUCAAGGCUUGA